AUGAUAAAAUUAGAUGAUUUUCUAUCGAAAAAAAAAGAACCGGCGCAAGUAUUAGAUUUGUCAAAAGUAAAAAUAACAUCGAAAGAAGAAUUUAAAAAAUAUUACGAUAAAAUACCGGAUUCGAAAGUGAAAGCGGAAAAAAUAACGGGGGGCGACCAAAUAAAAAUAAAAGAAAAAGAUUUUACGUUUACGAGUGAGAAAAAAAGUGUAAAAGAAUGGUCGUAUCCGGAUCCAAUGCCACCGGAUAUGAAAGGAGUCGAUUUAAAGGAUUUAUGUCCGAUAAAUAUCGAUUGGAAAAUGUUAACAACGGUUAGACCGAAAACGAAAAUGGACGAAGACAUGUUUUCGAGGUUGGUACAACUUGGUAAACUAGAUUUAAAAUAUCAACAAAAUUUACAAAGGGAAAAAAUGACGGAUUGGAUUAGAAAAACGAAAAAUCCUAAAUCGAGCAUCGUCGAAAUCCGCGUCGUGAGUUGUAAAGAAUGCGGCGAAGAUUUUUGCGAUUCUUCACUUUGUACAAAAUUAACAUACGAAAAUUUUUUCCGACCUCAACCGAGCACGAGCGGAAACGUGUCGUCGUCUGCUAGACAAUUAACAUCCGAAUCUCAAGAUGGGAAAUCAAAGAAAAAAAGAAAAAAAAGGAAAAAGGGAAAAGGAGGAGGAGGAGGAGGAAAAAGGGGAAAAAGGAAAAAAGACAAAACGAUGAGUCAAAUUAAAAAUAGAUUUAAAAAAAGUAUUUUCAAUAGACCGAUAAGUAAAGGAUGCACUAGAGAACAUUCAAAGAAAUUUGGAAUGAGAGCAAUCAAUUCGACUAGGAGUAUGUCGUACGAAAGAAAAUCAAUUCAUCAUUCACUUCCGAAAAGGUCAAAAAGUGCACCGAGAACGUUUUUCGACAGUGAUUUAUCAGAUUCCGAAUUUAAACGUCACGAAUGCAUAAGCGAUUCCGGUCCGACAAAUACGGAUUAUUCAACGCAAUCCGAUUCGGAAAGUCCGGAUACGAAUAAUAAUAAGAAAUUUUUCAAAAAUAAUUUGAUGCUAUCGGGAAGAAGAAAAUUACUUUCGGCGAGAGUUAGUUUUGUCGAAGAAAGAACAAAUCGAACGAGACGAGAAUCGAGAAUCGAAUCGUCGCGAAAUAAAUUCAUACGUCCCUGUCAUUUGUGUAAAUGUGAGGGGAGGAGAAGAAUAAGAAGAAGUGGAAAUGAGGAAAAAGGGAAAAAUUAUUAUUAUUAUUACACGGAUAAAAGACCGUCGCCGAGUUCGACAACUUCCGGUUGUUCGAGAUCUAUAUCGAAAUCACCCGAAAAACCCCCGCCACCGUCGUCGCCACCGUCGCCACCACCUUCGAAUCCACGUCCUUCGACUAUACAAAUACAAUUUGAUGAUGUAUAUUGGGAAAAAUCUCGAGUACAAUUUCCGAAAAAAAUGAUACUACCCGUACCGUUAAAAAAUAAAGGGAAAAAGUGUCAAAAAUCACCGGAAGUUGAUGAUGCUAAUGAUGAUGAUGAUGAUGAUGAUGAUAAUGAUAUUAUAGCAUGGGAAAAAUCAAAAAAAAAUUCAAAUUUUUUAAAGGGGGAAGGUUUACUUAAACCUAAAAAAUAA